AUGGAUAAUGUUUGGAGCAGUGAAUUUACGAAAGAUUUUGACAAGCGAUAUGGACGUACUGAAUAUGAUAAGAAAUGGAAAAAAAAAAACUCGAGCCAGCGAUGGACCAGGACUUCGGAAACAGAUUUUUAUGAAAGGAACAAAUUAACCGCAAAUGCUGAAAAUUUUGAACACAGCAUGGAAUAUCCUUCCGAGCUUAUCGAAUACAUGAAACAAAUUGCUUGCAUUAUCAAGGAUGAUCCCGUUGUAUCAGGUGAUUUACAAAGAAAAUGUUUGGAAGAAUGUCGAGGUUCUGAAAUUUCUUUGUGCAAAUACAGUACAUCUUGCUUUCUAAUUGACGAAAUCUUCAAUGGCUACCAUGAUGCUGCAAAACAAUGGAUGAUUGAGAUUAUGCAAUCGGGAAAAGAGACUUCGCUGCAACUCAUCUGCAUGCCUUGGGCCUGUCAUACUUUGGAAUGCUUGCUUUCUUCCCUAUCUAAUGUUCUAGACACCAAGGUCAAUCAAGCAGCUAAGAAAAGUUUUGGAAAGAUUGCAAGUGUGGCUCUGAACUACAGUUUGGUGAACGCUUUGUUGAACAAUGAAUCAGUUUCUUUGGUACUACAAGAUGUGGUCGAGUGUGAUUCUGUUGUGCAAACCGGUUAUCUUCGAAGAUUUGUCAAAGCAGCCUGCAGGGAUCCUGAUUCCGUUUUAAAACAGUGGAAGGGAAAACAGGCUUCGCAUUUAUGGGACAUUAUAGUGCAGAAGGCUGAUGAAGAUCUACGUCAAAUUUUAUAUCAUUCCGUUCUAGAAGGCAAGUUGUUCUAUCUCUCUUUACACAUGUUCGCCAAUUUCCCUGUGCAAAAAUAUAUGUUAUCAGUAAAAUCAAAUGAACUGAUUAUUAAUGUGUUUGACGAACUUAUGAGCCAUUUCAUGGAUAUUUGUGCUGAAUUUAAAUGGGGAAUCAUUGUUGCAUUGGUUCAAAUGGCUCACAAUAAAAAUGAAGUGGCUAUUGUUAAAAAGCUACGGAAUUACUUCGGAUGUCGUUCUAGAUCUGCAAGGCCAGCAUUUGUACCCUGCGUGUUUACUCUUGCUUGUCGGACUUCUGAACAGUUUAUGGGAACUUUUGAUGUUGUGAAAGGACAGCUGUAUGGAUCCCUUAUUCUUCAAGAACUUAUAAAUUAUGAGCAUAACAAAACGGUAAUUAUGUCAAUAAAAUCGCUAACUGAUACAACAAUUCUCGAAUUGGCUCGAGACAAGAAAGGGAGUUUCUUGCUGCAGGCUCUAUUCAAAUCUUCUACAGUUUCGCGAACUGACAAAGAACUGAUAGCCAAACCACUGAAGCUGAAAUGGCAUGAAGUGAUAACUAAUAAUGUUUCAAACUAUGUAUUCGAUGUUCUGUGGGCAAAUAAUCUUUAUGAUAUUAUGGAGAAAGAAAAAUUAAUGGACGAAUUAUCGAAGGCAGUAAUUGGGAAUCAUUGCAAAAUGUUACGUCUAAUGUGUACAAAGUUGAAUUUGCGAAAAUUUAGAGAACAGCGAAAGAAAUGGCUAAAAGAGCAGGAACAAGAUUUGUGA